AUGGCAUUCAAGGUAGACUCCUUGGGUACUGACAGCCUCGAGUGCACUUCACUAAAGACCAUAUAUGGCGACUCGAAGCUCCUCUCGCAAGGCUCCUCGGCUUACAAUCUGGCUGUUUCUAUCUUGGUUGACAGAAUUGACAGUCUGGUACUUGUCUUGCAGGGCAACUAUGUGCUUCAAAAUAUCGAUGGCGGAAUUACAGUCAUAAUGGAAAACUUCAAUCAGGUAUCCGUAUCGUCCGACAAGACUGUAGACUUCGGUCCUAGCGGCCGAAUGGCUUCUGUUGGCGUUCCUGGAUUUAUCCUAGAAGAUGGCAUUAAUUUAUUUGCUAACAAGAUCGGCUGGGUCUGCGACAAUGUGGCUAGCUAUGAAGUUGUUACUGCAUCUGGUGUUGUUGUCACUGCCAUACCCACUCUGUUCCCAGACCUCUACUGGGCUUUGCGAGGUGGCGGCAGCAACAACUUCAAGCUCGAUGUCUUUCCCUUAGGCAAGAUGUGGGGAGGGCAGCGUAUCUACCCCGAGAACAAUUUCCCAGUAGUGCUUGAUGCAAUCUGUAGUUUUGCUACUACGAAGUCAUCGCAGGACACAGAUGCUGCCGAGCUCAUCGUAAGUCUCCACCUCUAUCUAUCAGGAACUUGUUCUGAAUACUUCAAAUCGCCCAGCUCGACUUAUGCUCAACCCGUUGCAAAUACGAGUGUCUUCAGCGACUGGAACGCCAUCCAACACAUUCAAAACCUCUUCACGUUCCUCGUCAAUACUUUCUAUGCCGAGCUACCAGCAGUCCAAGAUGCUACCGGCUUCUUCCCAUGGAUCUCGAUCCUAGCUAUUACAGCCGGCUGUGCUCGGCCUCAAACCAUUAGCUCAAUCCUAGCAUUCUUCUCGGCUACUAUUAAGAAGGUCAAGGCGGGAGCAAAGAGCAAGGGUGUGAGUAACGAUUACAUCUACAUGAACUAUGCUUCGCAGUUCGAAGAUCCGAUCAACAGCUACGGAGCGGCCAAUGUCAAGAAGCUGAAGGCAGUGUCAGCGACGUACGAUCCUACGUUUGUGUUUAUAAACCUGAUGCCCGGUCACUUCAAGCUAGGCAAGGGGGUGCCAAACCCGAACAUGCCUUGA